GUUCUAUUGUGCAUCCGCAUGAAUAGAAGCCAUGUCUCGCCGUCAAUAAGCAGAGAAAAGCAGAAAAAGCAAGACGGAAAGAGGGGAAGGCAACCAUGAAUGAUUGACCAUGGCGUUACUCUUUUGGCACUCGGAUGGCCCACCAGCUCGUCACCACUCGGUUGCACACAUCUUUUUUUCCGUAUUGUUCUCGUAUUCACAUUAUGUGUGAGGCUGCCUGCUGGGCUUGCUGGCUGGUGGCAGCGAUCCUCGUGCCCUCCAUGGCUUCCAUCUUGGAGUAUUUAGUGACGGCCUCCUCCCCUCUCUGCGUCCCUUCUUCUCUCUGCUUCAUCCUCAGCGCACCCUUCCAUCCUCUUUAAACAUCAACUCAACAGACCGCUCUUGCUUCACCUUCUCCACCAACCCUCUCACUCCCUUCCUCACUCUUUCUCACUACCGCCCACCAUGAACCGGCGCCCUCAGAUGCCCAAGGCCACGCGCGCGGCACGCAACGGCGAGCCCCAGCCGCCGCCGCCCAACAUCCACACGCUCCCGCGCAUACGCAUAUCGCCCGAGAUGGCCACGGCGCUGUACUACAGCAGGUACCCGCACGCAAUCCCGCCCAACAGCACCGUGACCUCGGGCGAGAUGGAGACGGCGAGGAUGGUGGCGGCGGCGGCCCACCACACCCUCACCCGCAACCCGGAGCGGUACGUCCACGAGCAGCCGUCGUGGGGGGAUCGCCCGCCCCGCGCGGGCCCGGUGGUGGCCAAGAUGAUGAGGAUGCAGCUCCAGGCGGAAGCCGCCGCCGGCCGCGCCCCGGGAGCGAGGGGUGCUGCUGCCGCUGCUGUUGGUGGUGGCUCUGCCGCUGCCAACAACAACAACAACAACAACAACAGCGAAGGCAACACCAACGGCAGCACCAACACCAGCGCCACCGUCACCCCGACCCCCGUCGUCAGGCAAUAUGGCCCGGGCUUCGUCACCGUCGAAGACUACGAGGACAUCUACAACGACGUCGACGACGACGAAAACCAGCCGGCCGGUGGCGACGACGGCGACGUCUCCCCCUCCCCCAUCGAGCUGAACAUCAACACGGGCGUGACGGUGUCGCAGAGCGACAACAUGGUGGUGCUGUCGGCCAGCCCGGCCGACAUGGCGGCCGGCGUGGCGGCCGCGGUGCUGGCGGCCAUCGAGCAGGCCAGCAGCGCGCGCGUCGGCAUCCCCAUGAUCGACGAGAGCGGUGCGCCGCGGCCCCUGCGCGUCCGUGUCGACGCCUCCAUCCGCGUCGGCGGCUCCGGCAACGUGCUCGGGCCCGAGGCCCUCGUGCGCGAGUGCCUGCUGGCCAGGGCUGCUGCUGCCGCCGCCGCCGCCGCCGGCCUGCCGCGCGAGGCUGCGGACAAGGGCAAGCGCGCCAGGGACGAGGCCGAGGAGUGGGAUGAGGAGGACAAUGAUGCCGAGAGCGUGGGGAGCAAGAGGUCGCGCAGCGCCUGAGCUGGCGGGACUGUUUUUAUUUCAACUUGUCUUGUUUUUUUGAGAUUUUCUCGUCUCUGGCUUUACCUCGCUCCUUUAUUUGCUAUUUAUUCUUACGUGAGAAUCUGGGGUGUGAAGUAUAUGAAGGCACACAUAUUACGACGAUAAUUAGCUGUAUUUCUUUUUGGCUUUGGGACGGAUGGAGAGAGCAGUAACCUGAAUAGGAUCUAGAUUGCAGAAAUACAUAAAUCUGGGCAGGUCUUGUUUGUGGACCC